GUUACGAUAUGUAUAUAUUUAUACAAAACGUGCAUUCACAAGUAACAUCGUCGACUGAAGUUUCUCUUAUAUCUCGAUUUAAAUAUUGAAUUAUGCACAUUUAUAUUCAAGACGUAAUUGAAUUAUCAGGAUGCAUUCAACUUCUCUCGCUUAUAAAAAUUUUAAUUAUCUUUUCAUCUUUGCUUAAAAUCCUUUUAAAAGCUCAAAGGGGGAUUUAAAAUAAAAUUACGAAUAUCACGACAAAGCUUUCGCUUAAAAGCCAAGUGCAUGACAAGCCCCGCCCACAACCCACCCCGGAUGCUACUUUCGCAAAACCGGCCUCUCAUCUGCCAGCCAUUCAUUCCAAGAGGAGGAGUCAUCUUCAGCAUCUCCGGAGCGAUCCUCAUCCCUGCGUAACAGAGAUUUUCCUCUUGAUGCUCUCCGUUAGAAAUGCACGUGCCAACUUAGCAAUGUGUGUUGUUUUUCGUUCUUCUGAUUAAUAUUGUCUUGCUAAUCGUGCAAUUAUCUCUAUUAAGAAUCGUGCAAUUAUCUCUAUCAAAAUGAUUAAGAAAAGAUUAUGCGACUUUGAUCCUCGAUGUAGUUUUUCCGUCUUCUAAUUUACGUCAUCUGUAAUAUUUGUUAGUGUUGAAUGUCAAGAGCCUCUUUCACCAUAAAUAAUAACUCUACUACAAAUAAACCGGAAGUGCUUACAAAAUUAACUUGAUAUAUUUAUCACUAAUAGUAGGAAAGAUAUAGUCACUAAUAGCUAAUUAUAAGCAGCUUAGCUAUUGAAUUGUUUGAGAAUUAUACAUUUAAGGAUUAUAUAAAAUAUCUCGUGAUUCAUUUGCGAGAAUCCAUACUUGGUAAAAAGUUAAUAUUCGAACAUUUUCAAAAUGGAAUCUGCUGCUGGUUUUAGACCCAUCAUGAAUUCGAACUUCGGUUACGGUUUACCCAGUCACCUGUUUCCACCGCCACCCGCUCUGUCCAUGAGGGGUGACAGGUCCUGCUCCAUGCCCCCUCAAAUGAUGCCGGACUUCGGAGGACCUUUUCACCUGGGCAAUUACCAUGAAGUGUCAGCUAUACCUUGUCGGUCACCCUCUCCCACCUCAGGUAUGGGGGUGGUUGGUAACUCUCCAUCCUCACCUAGUGAUACGGGCAAUACGGAUGGUCAAGAUACGGCAGACGAACAUCCUCCAGCCAGCACGGAUGACGAAUGCUCGCCUAGAGACUCGAAUGGGCAUGGUGGAUCUCUGAAUCACGAUUCCAAAGACAACGGUGACUACAAUGGCAAUGGUCACAGUUCUCUCCUGGGUGGAAGCUCCAGUGGCAACAAAAAACAAUGCCGCCAUGCCAAAUCCGUCCGGCUGAGCAUCAACGCCCGGGAGCGGCGCCGAAUGCACGACUUGAAUGACGCCCUGGACGAGCUCCGGUCUGUCAUCCCCUACGCCCACUCACCCUCCGUCCGCAAAUUGAGCAAAAUAGCCACUCUUCUCCUUGCCAAGAACUACAUCCUGAUGCAGGCCAAUGCCCUGGAGGAAAUGCGGCGCAUCAUCUCCUUUAUGAACCAAGCAGGAGUGCCCCUGCCUCCGGCGGCCGCUGCUGCAGCCGCGGCCGCCGCCUCCUUGCCCGCCCUCACCGACCCGGGGGCGUACCCACCUCCAGCAUCAGCGGCGGGAAUGCCACCCGUCGGGGCGCCAGGCGUUCCUGCUUACGCCCUCACUUCAAGAUCGGCAGAAUCUUCAACUGUGGAGAAGGACGUUGGGCAGCCAGUUCUGUAUCCUGGAGCAUCCUGUAAUCAAUGCGACCGAGACAAACCUUGACUAUAAAGGCCCUAACUUUUAUUCAAUGGACAUUUUAACAGCCCUGUGCAGCUCAUUAUUGAAAUUAAUUAUGGCACUGCAUUACAAAUAAUUGAUUAAUGGCUAAAAUGUUUUGUUCAAAUAUAUAAAACUUGUUUUAAUUUUUUUUUUUUAAUUUACGGUUUUUAAAGAAAUGGUGCAUUGUGAAAUGUACAUAAGGUUGUAAAUGUAUAGAUCAUUUGGUAUAUUGUGAGUGAACUAAGCUAAAACACUAGUAUACUCUGUUACAAGUUAAGAAAAAACUAUUAUACCUAUGGGGAGAGCCUGUUUUCAUAUUAGUGCACGCCAAAUGGAUGCCAAGCACCCCACGCGAACAUAUAUCAACAUCGCCAACUCUUAAAACGAAGUUGCACAGCCUUCUUUAAGCUUGCUUUCUUAAAUCGUGUGAAAUAUGGAAAACAACACUUACUGAAUAAAAACUAUUGUUUUGUUUUCCAUAAAAUGAAAGAGUUGUAUUAUAUUUAAAUAAUACUUUCUGUUCGCAUGAAUAAAUUAAUAAAUAUUGUUUCAAGCAGACGAUUUUCUUCUACAGCGAAACAAAAGUGAAAAUACCCAUCUUGCAUUUUGAUUCGUUCAAAGCAAGUCAGCAUACGAAGCGUCAUUUUAAGUGACCCAAUCAAAUUCAAUGCUCUUGCAACGUCAUGCAGUUGUUUUUUUCUUCUUCCAAGAACGAAUAUUCUCCUUAUUUAUCGAAUUAUGAAUUCAAAUCUAGGAUUUUAAUAAGACUACAUAACUAUAACCUUUUUUUUAAAAAAUAAUUCUAUGAUAUCUAUCGUAAAAGAAAGCACGAAUUAAAUUUCUGU